AUGUCCACCGAACAAAAAGUAUCAUGGUCGGAUUCUUUCUCCGAAGCCCAAACCGCCAUCCAAUCCCUCUCCACCAUCCUCCCCUCCAUUCCUCCCACCCUCUCCUCCUCCGAUACCCCCUCCUUAGCCCUCCUCACCGACCAAGAACUCGCCACCCAAGUCUCUGACCACCUCCGGCAACCCGACUCCGGCGCCGGCGACAAUCAACUCUGCCGCUGGCUAUACGACACCUUCAACACCUCCAAAGUCGACCUCCAACUCGUCAUCCUCCGCUUCCUUCCCAUCAUCGCCGGAAUCUACCUCUCCAGGAUCCCCCUCCGGAAACCACUCGCCGGAUUCGAAGCGGUUUUGUUAGCCAUUUACGCACACGAAACCACCGCCCGUAAUGGCCAGGCAAUCACCAUAAACCUCCCGGAUCUCUCCCACCCGAGCAUUUACCAUGAAAGCAAACCACAACCCCAUAAGAGCGCAUCAACCGAUCUUAACCUAGUCGUGAUCUCCCCUGGUUUGGAUCCUCAGGGAACAAUCCGGUCAACCAAACGAGCCCGGAUCAUCGGAGUUGGUCUCGAACUAUAUAACAGCAAAAUCGUUGAGAUGCCGGUCCAAUCGAAACUCGAUUUCUGUGAAUUUUGUAUCAUUUGGGCAGGCCAAGAUGGAGAAUUCUAUAAAAAUUUCCCAAACGACUAUCGAGAAGAAAAAGGGAAAGAAGACGAAACGAAGAACGAAAAGCAAGAAGGGAGGGUUUUGCUGCCAUGGGAGAUGCUUCAACCAAUGUUGAGAAUAUUAUCGCAUUGUUUAAUGGGUACUUACAAGAACAAGAACAACGAGUUGCAUGAGGCUGCAUGUCGUGCUUGCAGGAGUCUUUAUGCUAGGGCAUUACAUGAUAUAAAUCCGAAAGCGAUUUUGGCUAUUGGGAGUCUCCUUAAACUUGUCAAUUUUCGGAAAACGGGUGUCGAUCAUACUGAGUUACCCGUUACUAAUGUCAUCAAUCUUUAA